AUGAUGGAAUUUCGGCUCAACACCGUUACUUACGGUCUCUCUUGCGCCCCCUUUUUAGCCAUCCGCACUCUCCGUCAGCUGGCCGACGACGAGGCCAACCAGUGGCCCCUAGGAGCCGACGCGCUUCGCCAGGAUGUCUACAUGGACGACAUCCUGACCGACGCCCCGACUGUUGCUGAAGCCAAAGAAAUGCAACAGCAGCUAACUUCGAUUUGCAGGGCGGGCGGAUUCCCGCUAAAGAAGUGGUCGGCGAACACGUCAGCACUGCUCGCUGAUCUGCCAGCGGAGGACCUAUUGCAGCGGGAGCCGUGGUGGUGGCAGCCCGGGGAGAGCCAUUCGACCUUGGGACUCCGUUGGCAUCCGCACGAAGACUCAUUCGCAUUCUCAACGCCGCCACUCCAGUUGUUGACUGUAACGAAAAGAGCAGUACUUUCAUUGACAGCCCGGUUAUUUGACCCAAUGGGUUGGCUCGCCCCCACCACGGUUCGAGCCAAGAUUAUGAUCCAGGCAAUCUGGUUGCUCGGAGUCGACUGGGACACCCCGCUUCCGGAGGGCGACGUGCUGCGGUGGCAGGAAUUCCAGAGCGAACUCCCUCUCCUGGGGACUGUCAGAGUCCCCCGCGGCCUCACAGGCGGAACGACUUGCCGAAGGGAAAUCCAUGGCUUCGCCGAUGCCUCCGAGAAAGCCUACGCUGCCGUCGCGUACAUGCGAACAGAAACUCGAGAGGGAAAGAUUGAAGUCACCUUACUAGCCGCCAAAACGAAGGUCGCGCCGUUGAAACAGGUGACUUUACCACGCUUGGAGCUAUGUGCAGCAGCGCUGCUCUCGCGGCUCGUCAGCCACAUUUGUCGCGUCCUGGAGACCGCUAACUCCCCCCUUCACCUCUGGUCAGACUCAACGGUAGCCCUCGGAUAG